GACGGACUGUCACUGGCGGAAAUAGGCUUCCAUAGACAAGACAUUUGCCUGCAAAAACAUUUCUGAAUUUGGAGAAGUUACAGGGGAAAUAGAUUUUGGCAGACUGCUCCCGCAGCAGGGGAUACAAAUCCUGUCGGGGAUAACUGGACACCUCCUCUGUGAAGUCGGGACUUUGUUCACAGAAGUAACGCUUCGCCUUCUGCGGGUUCCGUAGUUGUAGUAAACCAAUGGCGUCCGACAGCGAAGAAGACUUCGUGGUUUAUGGUUCGCCGUUGGAGCCGCUGGAUGAAGAUGAGCCACGGAAGAAGCCCAUACCACUUCAUGAGCAGACAGUGAAAGACGAGAAGGGAAGAUACCAAAGGUUCCAUGGUGCAUUCACUGGAGGAUUCUCAGCUGGAUACUUCAACAGUGUUGGUUCUAAAGAAGGCUGGACCCCAUCAACCUUUAUUUCAUCACGGCAACAGAAAGCUGAAAAUCACAAUGCAAGGCCAGAAGACUUCAUGGAUGAGGAGGACUUCAGCGAGCACGGCAUUGCUCCCUCUCAAAUCACCACCAGUCAGGAGUUCUCGUCCGGCUGCAGAGAUGAGGUCAGAGAGAAGUCGAGAGCUGUCAUUUCUCAGAUGGCGCUGAUUCCGGGAGACACUCUUCUGGAGGAGCUAAUCACACCUGCCAGGUCGUCCAUCGGAGUGGAGCUGCUGAGGAGGAUGGGAUGGAAAGAGGGUCAGGGCAUUGGGCCUCGCGUGAAGAGAAAACUUCGACAACGGCAAAAGGGUGGAGCUAGAGUUAACAGCUGUGCUCGGCCUCAUAUUGGUUCAGAGGAGUCAGAGGACGAUGACGAUGAGGAAUUUGCACCAGAGAACGUGACCUUUGCUCCGGUGGACGUGACACCAGUGGACUUCAGCCCUAGGUCAGGAGUUCAGGGUCUGGGGUACCGUGGUCUGAACCCAGGUCUGGCACUGCUGGGCCAUGGAGCUGCUGAACACAUAAAUCUAUUUAACCCUGAGUCUGAGACAAGGAGUAAACUGUUUGGAGAUGCACAAAAAACAUCUCGGAAGGGUAAAAUCUCUGGACAGGCAUUUGGGGUGGGCGCUCUGGAGGAUAAUGAUGAUGAUGUCUAUCAUAAAGACUCCAUGACAAGAUAUGACACAGUGCUGGGAGGGGAGGAGCCCGGGGAUGGACUGUAUGGCUGGACGGCACCGCAGCAGUACAACAAAAGAAGAGACACAAGUAAAGCUUUGACAUAUCUCGGCAAAAUCCCGGAGGGAUUUACAGUGGCUCUAAAACUCGCCAAGGAGAAAAUGAUUUUUCCACCCCCCGUGUUGCCCCCUGAUUUUAGACCUGUCCAUGGCUUCCAUCCAUCACUUUUGGGCACCACUGCAGUUAGUUCUGUGUUGCGGCAAGCUCUGGCAACCUCCAGAGGUCACAUGGUGAAAGAGGAGCCACAACAAGGAGGACGGCACCAGUUGGACUCCAGCCAGAGGAGAGCACUGCUGGGAGAGGAUGUACUGCACAGUUCCAGUUCAGUGAUGGAGCUGCUGAGACCUGAAGAUAGACAGCGACUCUUCAACCUCCAUAAUGACUCCAAGACCACUUCUGCCAAAUGCCAGAAUGCCAUUCAACCAGGUGGGUCAGUGACCAGGUCAACAGUUGUCUCAUUGACGCAGCCUUUGCCUCAGAGCUGCAGCACCCCCUCCUCCAGCCUCCAGGAAGACUCUCUGGCAUCUUGGAGAGGUGUCCAAUCAUCAACACAAACAUUCAGACCAUUUGUGAAGAACCCCAGCAAACAAGCACGCUACGAGCAGUUCCUGUCCCGCCUCAAACACGGAGACAAAGAUGCUGUGGAGCAGAGUCUGGACCCGGGGAUGACAGAGUGGGAACGCAGCCGGGAGAGGGACGAAUUUCUCCGGGCUUCCAUCCUGUACAAACCCACCUCCUCCUCGCUCUCCUCCCGUUUCACUGUAGCGCAGCACCAGGAAGAUGAUGAUGCAGUGGAGGUCUCUCGGGACGAGGAGGGAGAUGUUGACAACAAGCAAGAUGCUGUCAAGAUGAAGAUGUUUGGAAAACUGACCAGAGAAAUGUUUGAAUGGCAUCCAGACAAACUGCUCUGCAAGAGGUUCAAUGUCCCUGACGCCUACCCUGGGUCAGGUGUGGUUGGUCUGCCAAAGGUGAAGAGAGACAAGUUUUCAGUCUUUAACUUCCUGAAUGUCACAGAAAGUAGAGAGAUGACAGCUCCCCUAAAGCCUCCAGAGACGAGGAAGAAGUCCAGAUGGGAUGUUUCAGAACAAGAGGAGCUGGACAAAGAGGAGGAACUGCCAACCUCUGCUACAACUGCUUCACCUAACAGCAUCAGUGAUCAGACUCAGGCUCAGAAGGGGAAAGAAGAUGAUGAAGAGGAGCAGCAGAAGGAGGAGGAGGUGAGUCGGCCUCCUAUGGAUCUGUUUAAGGCCAUCUUUGCCUCCUCCGAUGAUGACUCCUCUUCAUCAGAAGUAGAGAGUGAGGAGGAGGACACAAAGGAGGGUGAAGGAAAAAAUGACCUCCACCCUCUGAACCUCUUCAACGUCCCCUCAACAUCUGUGACCUCCUCCAUCACCUCCUGUUCCUCCCAGCAAACAGUCACACCAGUGGUUUUCUCUCAGCCAUCGAUGCAGGAAGAGUUUGGCCCAAGCCUGCCACCCCCUUCAGGUACUGACACCAGAGGAAGUGCCACCUCCCACUGCUCCUCCAGUACAGAAAACAAACAAAGAAAGAAGAACAAAGAGAAGAAAGUUAAGAAAAAGGAGGGCAAACACAAGAAAGACAAGAAGAAAAAAAAACAAAAGAAACAUAAACACAAAGAAAAGCAUCAGAAAAAGAUUAAGGAAGAAGAAAUCAGUGAUGAGGACAGUGAGGGACACGUUUCCACAGAGGAGCUGCUGAAAAGACUGAAGAGCAUCCCAUAGUGUCGGCAACAUCAGACCUGGUGAAGGACAGUGAGGAGGUUCUACUCGUUUCUAAAUUUGUUUGUGACACAGGAAAAUAAAAAUGUCAUUCAUGUUUAAUUUUGAUUGAUUAGUAAAAGAAAAAUUGCAAAUAAAUAGUAUCCAGUCUUUGUA